AACGAUAAUCUGUUGAUUACCUAAUUGAUAACUGAAAAGGAAAGACAUGAGUUUCAAAGCACCUGCAGAGUUUGACAAGGUCCAAUAUGAUCCUGGUGUUUCUUUGACCAAUAAGUCUCAAGUCUACUUCAUCCAAGUCCCCAAAGGGUUUGACAUCAAGAAACUUGAUGGAACAAAUUUUUCAACCCAUCACAAGAAUGAAGUUGGGAAGGAGGAUGGUCCAAGUGACCUCCUGAGGACGGUGUAUGGAUUGACGCCACACAAGAGUAAGGAUCUUGGCAUACAACCAUUAAUAUUUUCGGAAGGAAAAGUCCACACAGGUGGUAAGGUGAAAGGCUUACUGUCUGUGACCAAGUCAUACGAGGCCAACUCCAGCCCAGCACAACAGAUGUUACAGCUGCCCGGCCGCGUGCCUGUACUCAUGCCUGAAGGCUUGAAGACGAGGUUCACCCCUUUUGGAGCGGGGAGCCCAGUGAAAAUGCCAGUUGGGAAAACAAAGAAAAAAUCUCACAAGCGUGAACUGGAUGCUUCAGGGAAUUCUCCAGAUGUUCAUCGAAAGAAAAGACGGAAGCUUAAUGGUGGGGAUGAUGCAAUUGGAGAUACACCAUCACCACAGAAACACAAGAAACACAAGCACAAGGCACGGAAUGACAUUGAUGUUAAAGAUGAUCCCGAGACAGGUGCAAAGAUCACAGACAUGGACUGCAGUCGUGUCAGUGUUGACAGUUUGUCGGAUUCUAUGAGCUCAUCUAAAAAGAAGAGAAAGAAAUUUAAUCUAGUGACAGGAGAAAGUGAUGAUUCAGGAAUGGAUUUAAAGAAUAUGUUUGUUGAUAGUGAUGUAAGUUGUAGUGGAACUGGAGAUGGACAGAUACCUGCCAAAGUCAAGAAAUCUUUGGGUACUGGUAAAUCUCCUUUGAAAAAUGCCGAGUUCAUUGCCAGAAAUGGAGAUGAGGAUUCUCCUUCUUUUAAUUUGACACAGCCUGAUGAAGAUGUACAAACAAAGAAGAAAAAGAAAUCGCACUCCAGAUCUAAAAGUGUAGAUGUGAAUGCAAGUGUUAUUGAAGGGUUGCAAGACAGCUCAACAAAAAAAAAGAAAAAGAAGAAAGACAAGAGGAUAGAUUUAACAUUACCCUAACUUUAUUUUUCACUAUGUUCAUGUUCCACCUUUAAGUUUCUCCUUUUUGGCAAUAAAAAAGUCAUGCAUAUUU